AUGGAGGCGCGCACCGCACCCCUCACCUUCCCGCCGCUGCUGCGCUUCCCUUACGGGCGGGUCCCGCUGCUGCGAUCCCCGAGGCGGAAGAGCGGGGGGCGGGGGCGAUGCGCUGCGCGGCAAACCGGGGGCGACCCGCAGCAGGACGACAACGGCGCACCCCCUGGAUUGAAGGACUCGUUACGGAAGGGAGUCGGCAAGCUCGGCACGUUCGUCGAUGGUCUCAAGGCGCAAAAUGUGAAAAUAAGUGCCUCAGGCAGUCGCCUGACUAAGAGCUUGGAGGAGGACAUCCAGGGCGGGUACUUCGCGGGAGGGAGCACCAACAUGAGGGCAUUCGAUAGCAAUUGCGUGUUUGAGGAUGCGAAUGGGUGCUACGAGGGGGUUGCGGAAUACAGAGAAAACUGUGCCAGUCUGGGAAAGGUCAUGAAGGAUGUGGAGGUCGAGGUGCUGGGCUGGAGGGAAGAAGAUGACACACUCACGGCUGUUUGGCAGCUCACCUGCAAGCUGGAUGGCCCGCUGACUCCUACCUUUGAGUCCAGGGGAGAGACGACAUACACAACAAGCGGGGGCAGGGUGGUGAAGCAUGUUGAGGCAUGGAGUACAGUCGUCCCACGUACUCCGUUGGAGAUCACUCUUUAUGGCCUGUCAGAUGGGCGACCAGAUUGGCUCUGUUCUGGAGUGUCAAGAUUUGUCAUCCUGUCAUCGUCUGUUGUUGUGUUUUCAUCCCUGCUCACAACGUCUGUGACAGGGGAAGGACUGCAGGGUGAUUUCCUUGGCUCUGUGGAGGGAGUGUCUUACUUGGGAUUCAUUACAUCUUUACUGUUCGAGCUGUCGAGGGGUGGGUCGAAAAAGCGCAAACUCAGUGCUGAGGAUGCCCUUCUCUACGCACCAGCGGAACGAGCCGAAGGUGCAGCAGCUGAGGCCAGGAAGGCUGCAAGGCUGGCCACAACCGCCGCAGCAAAGUGCACCUCGGGUGCAGGCAUGGUGACUGGUGCCCUAGAGGCAGCUUCUCCUGCGCUGAGGAACAGCCCUGUUGGUCAGGAAGCCAGUGCUGCUGCCGAAGAAGCCACUGCUGCAGCAGUGGAAGCCAAUGAGGCAUCCGUUGUGGCUGGUGAGGCUGCUGAUAUAGCCAGUGCUGCUGCCACCCAGGCUAGAGCAGAUGCAGAUGAGGCAAGCGAUGCUAGGGUCAAGUGCGAUGAUCUCACUAGAAGCGGAGCUCAAGAAGAAGAGCUCAAUGCUGCCAGGGAGGCAGCAAGCCAGGCUGAGCUGAAGGCCAGUGGGUCAGGGGAUGAGGCCAAUGGUGCUGCUGAUGAAGCAAAUGCCGCUGCCCUUGCUGCCACCUCAGCUGCAGACAAGGCCACCGCUGCUGGUGGGAAGGCCAUCUCUGCUGCCGAUAAGCUCAAGGCAGCAU